AUGGACGGGGCGUGCGUGCACCUGCCCUACCCGCACACAAGCGACAUUUUCAGCAAAACGACUGAAUUUCACUUUCCCCCGCCGGCCCCGACAAAUUCAUCGUCACGACACUCCGGCAAGCGACAUCGACAAACAGCCGCCAAGAUGGUGAACAUUCCCAAGACGCGUAUGACCUACUGCAAGGGCAAGGAGUGCCGCAAGCACACCCAGCACAAGGUCACCCAGUACAAGGCCGGCAAGGCCUCGCUGUUCGCGCAGGGAAAGAGACGUUACGACCGAAAGCAGUCCGGUUAUGGUGGUCAGACCAAGCCUGUCUUCCACAAGAAGGCCAAGACCACCAAGAAGGUUGUCCUGCGGUUGGAGUGCAUCAAGUGCAAGACCAAGCUCCAGCUCGCCCUGAAGCGCUGCAAGCACUUCGAGUUGGGUGGUGACAAGAAGACCAAGGGUGCUGCCCUCGUUUUCUAA